ACAGCACGGCCAGACGCAGCGGAGGCAGCCGGGGCUAGACGAGCUAACAGGUUUAAGCAUCAAGAUUGAAAAUGUUUAAGUGGAAAUGGACAAUAUGUUGUAAUUAGGACGUUUUCACUCGGGGUGAGAUUGGAUUGGAGUGGGAAUCGACGGCGCAAACGGUAACCUCCACACUCUUUUUGGAAUAUAAUCACCUCGAAGGAUUAUUUACGGGAUUCUACCUUUGGAGUCCUUCCCCAUGCUUCAAGAUGGGGAACGGAUUAUCAGAACAACAAAACUUUCUCUCCAACGUUCCAUUCUUCCAGUCUUUUCACAUCGCCAUCCUCGGACUGGAUUCCGCCGGCAAAACCACGGUCCUCUACAGACUGCAGUUCAACGAGUUUGUAAAUACUGUACCUACUAAAGGCUUCAACACAGAAAAGGUCAAAGUAUCUCUGGGUGGACAUAGAACUGUGACGUACCAUUUCUGGGACGUUGGCGGACAGGAGAAACUUCGUCCGCUUUGGAAAUCCUACACACGCUGCACGGACGGAAUCAUUUUCGUUGUAGACUCUGUUGAUACCGAGCGCAUGGAGGAGGCCAAAACGGAACUCCAUAAAAUCGCCAAAACGUCAGAAAACCAAGGCGUUCCCAUACUGUUGGUGGCGAAUAAACAGGACCUAAGACACGCCUUGGGUUUGGAGGAGAUCGAAAAACUGUUAGCGCUGAAGGAGCUAGGGCCCGCGACUCCUUGGCACCUGCAGCCUACUUGCGCGAUUAUCGGGGACGGCCUGCGGGAGGGGAUAGAGAGACUGCACGAUAUGAUCCAGAAGAGGAGGAAGGCGCUAAGGCAGCAGAAGAAGAAGAGAUAAGGGAGGCGCAGAGGGACAGUGUUUUUUAUGUGAAGGAAUUGGUGGUAUAGAGGAGUGGAUUUGAAAAUGGGCUUUAGUUGACGACACAACAGUCGAUACGUUCACGACCUAAAAUGUGAUGUCAUAAUUUCAAAUGGAGGACAAGGGCCUGUACAACUCUAUGGGAAAUUUGGCUCUACAAACAUGUCAUUAAUAUUAUGGCCUAAAGUCCUUUCAACUGACAACAAUCACGACUUUGAGGCUGAAUAAUGGCACCAUUUUCUGAAGCUAUUGUGGAAAAAUAAUUCCAUGUUUUAUUUGUAUUGACAGAAAAUACAAUGGCCUUUGUGCCGGUUUGUGUUUCAUGUGGAAACGCCCAUUUAAUUAGAGAUAUUAACCAUGAAUCAGGUUAGCAAACCUGCAGUCGGAGAGUUAAACCAUAGAAUCCUGACCGGUCCUCCAGCUCAAGGUUGUGAUGUCAAGUGAACAUAGACUAUAGACUCGAAUUUAUAACUGAAAUGGGGGUAGGUAAAGUCACAGAGGUUAAUAAGCAGAUUUUGUGGUAUAGUUGGGUAAAUAUAAUAGCAGAAAGAAUAAUGCACUUUGUCACAAAAAUUCUCAAUUUCAAAAUCUGUGAAUUGUCCUUUUGGUUAUUUCUUAUGAAAGUACCAUAUAAUGUGUAAAGUACUGGCUCCUGCUCCCAUUUGAGAGAGUUUUGGUAGUCACUACAUUGUACAAGCAGAAACAACAAACAACAAAGGGGGGACAGACAACCAAAUGUGGAUAAGUGAAAGAGCCUUUAUGUUUCUGACAUUGUGAACCAGUAGAUUUGAUCAAAGUUGUAAUUUUACUCUAAAAUACUUAAAAUACCUCAAAAUGCUCUUACAGAACAAAAUAAUUUGAGUAGAGGUUAAGGUAGACUUAAUUGUCCCCUGCAUUUGUACCAUCCUUCAAUAGCACUGGGUUUUAACCUGGGGACGUGAUUCCAGAUCUUAGCUAGGUUCAUAGUUGGGGUAAUCCUCUAGCUAGGUACUCCUAUUACUCCUUAGUCAGCAUGUUUUGGGUUAGAGUUACUAUUACUUGUAACUUGAGGUCUUCCACGUUCACCUCAUGAUUUUGGGUUGGAGUGCCUGCUAGCUAGCUGCUGAUGAAUGCACUUUCACACAUGCUAAUCUAGUUUAGGGGGUAUAUUUUAACACUAGAACUAACGUGCGUGCUAAGAUUGUUGCUAAACCAAAAAAUCUGGUCUAGAAUACACAUUUUUGUCUAGAAAUCCUCAGAGGUGAAAUGGGUCAUUUCCUGGCAGUAGAUAGAUACUAUGUUUACAUAGUGAGAGUUUCUGAAAAACAUCUAACUUUGUAACUGAUGUGACACUCCUUUGUCCACUCCUUUGUACUUUCAAUGAAAGGUCCUGUUGUCCUGAAUGGAUUCAAAUGUCUACAGUGGCCCUGCUGAGUUUUAUCAGUGCACACGAGCUUUAGCGUACAAGACUAGUCAAAAGUUUGGACACCAUCUCAGUCAGUGUUGUUUUUCUUUGUUUACUACUUUCUACAUUUUAGAUACAUACUAAAAAAAGUCACAUUCACAGGACAGAAAUUAACCUUUUCUGAACAGCUUUAGAAUGAUCUUGAGCUAUAUCAGAACAAGUAUAAGACACAUAGACUAGUAUACACACAUUUCUCAAAAUCUAUAAUCAAGUUUCGAGUUAUUUUGAGUUAAUUUUGUGUUCACUACAGGCCACACUUGCUCAUUAAUAGUUUUGAUGCCCUCAGUGUUGAAUCUACAAUGUAAAUAGUCACAAAAAUAGAGAAAAAACAUAAAUGAGGUCCAAACUUUUGCCUGGCCGUGUAGGUCCGAUGGGUUUGUAAGUGAGUACAGAGGAUAUAUAGAUUGAAAUAUAUGAAAGUUAUAGAUAUGUAGAUAUGAGUUUUCCACGUUGACAAAAGCACUGGACGUUGUGUUGGAAGUGUUUCAGAACGCCGAUGGAGAUAUUACCAAAAAUCUUUUAAGAAAUGUUUUGAAAAGUUUAAGAUGGCGGAGGUUUAGGAGUGACAGUGAAAAAAAGUGCACCACAGUUUCUAUUUGUAUAAGUGUUAUUAGGGCUGUAUGAAAUGACAAAAUUGUAAUAUUUAAUCAUUGUGUUGAAUAUUGUAAUGAGUUAGCUGCCCCAAGUGUCUUUUUGUUUUUUUGUUUUUUUUACACUGGACUUUCUGUGAAGUAUUACUGUGUACCUUGGCUUUGCUGUUAGCUUCCGUUAGCUUGCUGCGCUACAUUAGAUUUUGUUAAAUGCACUUUAGUUGAUAAGUUCACAGUUUACAGUUGUUUGUAGGGGGGCACAAGUCGGAUGAUUUUUUUAUAUGAAAAAAAAUUGAUAUACAAAUAAAUGAAAAACAUAUGAUGACACAAUGUUUUGACAAAUUAUACUUUAUCUUGUUUUGAAUAAAAUGCAU